AUGAGUGACAGGCGCAGAAGAAUCACAAGGGCGGAAGAAUCACACUCUGCUUUAGUGAAGUUGACACAAGGACGGGGCGUGUUUCCCGUCCUUGUGUCAACUUCACUAAAGCAGAGUCACACAAGGACAGCCCUGAUGUGUUCCUCCUGCCCUCCUUGUGUAUUUGGUGUCUGUUCCCAGUCCUCUGGGUCAGUUCCUCCGUUCUGCUCUGCUCUGAUCUGUCCUGCGGCCUCAUUUUCUUCGGUUCAGUUUUUCCUUGUGUUUUUUGUAUGCUGCAAUUUUUCCCUUCAAAGAAUCGGUCAGCGUUCAGUGAUGGUUCGUCGCGCUGCAGUGGUCGGAGCCGGCAGUUCAGGUCUGGCCUGUAUCAAGAUCUGUGUAGAUGAGGGCUUGGAGCCUGUCUGCUUUGAAAGCAGUGAUGACAUUGGCGGCAUGUGGAGGUUUAAGGAGUCACCUGUGCCAGAGCAAUCCAGCAUCUACCGCUCGUUGGUGGUCAACACCUCAAAAGAGAUGAUGUGUUUCAGUGACUUUCCAAUGCCGGCUGAAUAUCCAAACUACAUGCACCACUCUCAGCUCCUUAAAUACUUCAGGCUCUAUGCUGAGCACUUUCAAUUGCUCAGAUAUAUCAACUUUCAGACUACAGUGCGGAGUGUUACACAAAGACCAGAUUUCUCUCUGUCUGGUCAGUGGGACAUAGUGACCAUAAACAGGGAUGGUGAGGAAGAGAGGCACGUCUUUGAUGCAGUUCUGGUGUGUAAAGGACCUAACACCCAUCCAGUCUUACCCCUGUCAGAUUUUCCAGGACAUGAGACUUUUUCUGGAAGGUGUUUACACAGCUGGGAGUAUAAAGAUGCAGAUGCCUGCAGGGGGAAAAGGGUGGUGGUUGUCGGCAUUGGCAAUUCUGGAGGCGACAUUGCUGUGGAGAUCAGUAGAUCUGCAGACAAGACAUUUCUCAGCACACGACAGGGGGCCUGGGUGAUGAGCAGGGCGUCUACCAGCGGUCUUCCUGUGGAUAUGACACAUAUCACCAGGCUCAACAAUAUGCUCACACUGCUUCUCCCCAAGACUCUAGUCAACUGGACAACAGAGCGAGCACUGAACCACAAAUAUGACCACGGACUUUACGGCCUAAAGCCCAGACACAGAUUUUUGGACCAAAGCCCCUUGAUCAAUGAUGAUCUUCCUGGCCGAAUCCUUCAGGGGGCAGUAGUCAUGAGGCCCAACCUGAAAGGGUUUGUGGAAUCAGGAGUUGUGUUUGAAGAUGGCACAGUGGAGGGGAACAUUGAUGCCGUGCUCUUCUGUACAGGUUAUAUUGGAAAAUUCCCAUUCCUGCCUCCAGCUUUGUCUGAGGGGAUUCAUGAAGAGUUGAUAUUGUACAAAAGACUGUUCCCUCCUUCCCUACAACACCCCACACUGGCCAUCGUGGGACAUUUCCGAACUAAAGGACCAGUGAUGCCCAUUGUAGAAAUGCAGGCUCGGUGGGCUGUGAAGGUCUUUUCAGGUUUGAAGCAUCUUCCAUCUAAGGAGAAGAUGCUGGAGGUCAUUGAGACUGAGAGACAGAGAAUGAUGAAAAGCUACCCCUGCCCACGACAGGCUGCUUUCCAGGUAGAUUAUAUCCCAUACCUGGAUUUCAUGGCCAAGGAGGUAGGAGUUCUACCAAACCUUCUGACACUACUUCUGAGAGAUCCUCAACUCUGGGUGAAGGUCUUCUUUGGUCCCUGCACUCCAUAUCAGUAUCGUCUCACUGGACCUGGACAAUGGGCCGGAGCCCGACAUGCUAUCCUCAGUCAGUGGAAGCGGGUCGCUCAGCCUUUCAAAACCAGAGCAGUACCAGAACUAAAGACCAAGCAGUCAGUCCUAACCCUCCCCUGGCUGCUCACAUUUGGAGGAAGUGUGAUAAUGGCUGUGCUCUGUCUAAAACUCUCAUUCCAGUGCUUCAGGGUGAGGGACAUCCGGUUGACUGGUUGACUGGUUAACCACAAGAGCAUGAUAUAAAAAUGAAUAAUGGACAUCUAGAGACUUCUCUGUGCGCAUCCACCUGGCUAACUGCUGCAUCCAUAUGCCCUUCUGCUCUUUUCAUCCAAAGUUCUUCCAACCUUGAUGUCUGGACAGGAAGUGAACUAUGAGCCAGAUAACUACUGAUAAAGAGAGAUAAGAUGCUCAAAUCUGAAUGCAACACACAUCCCAAUGCAACAUGUUUUUUACACCUGCAAAUUCUUUCCAACAAUUCUUUUUCCUUUUUUGCAUGUAGAAUAGCAAAAGAUGGAGUUACAUACACAAAGUGCAAUGGCAAAAAUUAUAAUUCAUUUAUUGGUUGUUGUUUUUAUUUUGAGAUGUUAGAAAGAAAAAACCUGCACUUACUGUGUGAUAAAAAUCACACAGAUAAUAAAGUUUAAGUUAAUGAAA